UUGACCUUGCAGCAUCACGUCUGCUACGACGCUUUAAGACACUGCUUGCGAGCAGCAUAUAACACUACCUGGUUGUCCCAGCAUGAGAUGCGAAGGGACGCCUACAGUGUCCCACGCAUGGUCAACUAUGUCCAAACCUUCCACGAUGUAAAUGGCAACCCGCUCGACCUUACUCAGCUCUUGACGCAAAACACCCAAAUCACGCACGUCAACCUUGCGGCACUGCACGUAACCGGCACCGUUGGCGAGCUCAACCUCAAUGACAACGGCAUCAACGACACAUACUGGGAUACGAUGUGGUCAAACGUUACAACCCUCCAGAACGGCGGAAUUAAGGUGCUCAUGAUGAUUGGAGGAGCCGCGCAAGGCAGCUACAAGACACUCUGCGGGUCUUCCGUACCUGCUACAGUGCAAAUGGACUACUACGGCCCACUCCGCGACAGCCUCAGAUACCACAACCUCGACGGCGUGGACCUCGAUAUCGAAGAAUCCGUCGACGUCUCCUGCGCCCUCGCCCUCCUCAAGCAAUUCGACGCCGACUUCGGCGACGAUUUCAUCAUGACCAUGGCUCCCGUCGCAGCCUGCAUGAUCCCGUCCUACCAAAACAACGGCCUCAGCGGCUUCAGCUACUUCACCCUCGACUCCGAAGCGACUGACUCCAACCGCCCCAAUGGCAAACUAGUCAACUGGUACAACGCGCAAUUCUACAACGGCUGGGGCGACGCCAGCACGCAGGUUUUCUACAACAACAUCAUCUCCGAAGGCGGCUGGUCGCCCGACCGCAUCGUCAUGGGCGUGCUGGACAGCUCCAACGAUGGCGGCUCCGGGUUCGUGGGUCUCAGCACGCUCCAAGGCGUCAUCCAGCAGCUUCGUGCGAACUACGACAACUUUGGCUGCGCUGUGGGGUGGGAGUACUGGGAUGCCGGUACGAGUGAUGGCCUUGACUAUCCAUGGCAAUGGGUUCAGGAGAUCUCGAAGAGCAUCUUCGGCGCGUCGAACGGCACGCCGAAGAACACGACGUCCGAGCCCUUGCCCAACCCGCCCGCGCCGUUCCAGGCGCUUACGGACGAGCUUGUCGAUUUGGGUGCGGCGUACCUUCAGGCGGUGUGGGCUCUCAACAUAACGAAUGGCGAUUUGUUGGCUGCGGAGCAGUUGCUGAAUCUUACGAGUGUGCUUGACGUGCUUGACGUGGGAAUAAUAUGAUGAUAAUGAGUGAGAGCGAAUUUGUACAUAUAUAAUGACUUUAAUGGGUGAAUGAUAAUCUUGGACACAUCAAACAUUAGGUCACUGGCUGUCCG